AGUGAAAAGAAAAAUACAACAGGAAACUGAAAAUGAUACCUCCUACUACAGUUUCUAUAUGUCCUGUGAAAUUAUUGCACCUAAACCUAAAGAAAAACCUAAAGAUUUACAGCCAAAAGAAGGGGAACAAGCGCUACCAACAACUAGACAAUAGCAAGAACUCUAAAUCUGAUUCGGAGACGCAGGAUGAAAACUGGACACGUUCUCUUUUUAUCAAUCUUCCCCAUUGUCUUGGAGGGAUGCUGUGUGGGAAACCAUCCGGAGAAGCACACAGGUCUUCAGCAGGAUGCUGCACAUCAGCACUACAGAGCUGUGGAGGGGGAGAGCUUCAUGAUGCCCUGCAUAACAUCUGUGAACGGGCACAUAAACGUGGUGUGGUCCAGGACUGGAGAUGAGGGUCCAUCCUUUGACUGUGGCAAAGUGUUCCCAGCUGACGCAAAACAUUCUGGAAAGUACUCGUGCCUCACAGGCAGCAGAGAGUUGUUCUUGCAUCUACAGGUGGUGGAGAGAACCAGUCUGAGAUGCUUCCAGUCGGAGGAGAGCAAAGUAGAGCUGAUCAACAGUGCUGGCGGUGAGAUCCCCUGCCCGGGACGCAACUGUAGUGACAACACAGAUGUCCGAUGGUACAAGGGGAACGUAUCUGUGUCUGAGCUGAGUAGAGACACCUGUGUAAAGGAUGGGCUGUUACAUCUCUGCGAAGUCAAGGGCAAAUAUGAUGCUGGCGUUUAUUUCUGUGAUAGACGUACAGUUGAGCAAGGAGUCACUUGGACCAUCAGGAGGGCUGUUGAAGCCAAAGUUAUACCACACAAGACAACAAGUAACCAUCCCAGGAUUAUGUAUCCUGUUGACAAUAUGAAAGAGGAAGUGGAACUAGGUCUGGCUCAUAAUCUGACCUGUGAGGUAUUGUUUCCUUAUGAGAAUACGUUUUCAGCAGAGGUGCUUUGGUACAGAAAUGUUGGCGGCAACAAGGAGAGUAUGACUCUACUAGACAUGGAGAGGCAACAACAGAGGUCGCCCAUCAUGGAGGAGUAUGAGAUCAUACAGAGAAGCAUCAUAAAAGAGGUGACCCAAAAACACCUGGAGCACACGUAUACCUGCGUUGCCAGUAAUACUGUCGGAAAGCACAGUGUCACUAUCAGGCUCAAGAGGAAAAUUCAAGUAAAAUGGUCACUGGUUGGGUAUUCCAUUGCCCCUUUGGUGCUGGUGGCUGGGCUGGGAAUCAUUUUGCACGUGAAAUGGCUGGAACUACAGAUUAUCUACAGAUCCCACUUCCAACACGGAAAACAUGACGGAGAUGAGAAAAAGUUUGAUGUGUUCCUGUCAUAUGUGUGGAGCCCUACAUCAGCAGAUUUGGAGGGAGGUCGGACUCUUUCCUCCCCAUCAGGACCUGACACUGCUGAGGAAGCAUGUCUAUCCAGCAUGGACCCACUGAACACUGAGGAGGGUGAAGCCCCACAGAGACCAUUACAUGUGCUACUGCAGCAAGUGUUAGAGGAACGGUGGGGGUAUCGCCUCUGCCUGCUGGAGAGGGACUUUCUUCCAGGAGGAGCAUAUACUAAUGAUGUGGUUCUUGCAAUACAGAGAAGCCAAAUGCUUAUCUGUCUCCUGUCAGCUGACUACCUCUGCAGCAGCAAUGCUGUAUUUGUACUGGAGACAGGAGUCCAGGCUUUGCUGCAAAACUCUGCCGUCAAAAUCCUGCUCAUAUGGACCGGCAGAGAUGCCGCAUCCCUCGUCCAGGACCCCCCGCUACCUUCACUGGUCCAAAGGGCCUUGAAGGUGCUACCGCGUCUGAACUGGACGUCAGGCAAACCUGCCAGAGCCACCGAGGAAUUCUUGAGGUUUUUGAGAAAGGCCAUGCCCGAUCGACGAGUGAAGCUGGUUUCACUGGUGUAGGACCAAUGAUUAGAUCGCAUCACCAGUAACAUUUUACAUUCCAAAUAAGUAUUAUGAACAUGUAUAGUCUAUAGUAUGCUUAUUUAGUUUAUACGGAGACGUAGCUUGUGUUACUCUAAUGUGUACUGAAACUGCCGAGUCAUUGAUCAACAAAUGUGUUAAGGAAAUCCCCGUCGUGAAAUCCUAACGAAUUAUUUUCAAAAGCAGGGGAGAAGUGAGCCAAUUGUGCCAAAAAUAAGUAUUUGGUCAACGGUUAAAAACAAUCAAUCACUACAAUUCUGAGCAUUAAAAAUACUGAGUGUAGAGGAGUUAAGACAAGACAAACGCUAUAUAAAUACAGUACACUUACUACUUCAUAAACAAACUGUGAAAAGAAACAAAAGCUUAAAACACAAGUUGCUCUUAAAAACUUAAAUAAUUAUUUUUUCCCGUUUGUUUGUCAGUUAAAGUAAAAGUCUUUUGUUGUGAGGACUAGUUCAUCAUUUACUGUUACAGCAGGCGUGUCAGCAAUAAAUGUUUCACACAAAACAUCAUCCAAGAUUUUGUGGGGUUUUUUUAAUGCAUUUUAAAUGUUUUCAAGAGAGUUCUGUUUGACAAAACAGGUCACAGCAGUGGAUAUUGAUGUAAAUCGUUUGGGAAAUUCUGCACAAUGUGAGGUAAACCACGCAGGAAAUUCAAAGUUUACACUUUUGAUCAAGGGAAUUUUUAUCAGAGAUUCGGGCACAGGAGGAGUCACAGAGGUGCUGCAGGUAUCUUAAUCUAAGGAUUGGGGCUAGAUUUCUGAAAUGUGGGUUUUUCUAGUGUUAGUGUCGAUGGAAAAUGUUUGUAAACGAGCAUAAUCAUUAUUAACGGAUAGCUAAACCCUCCCAGAAAUCGUUGGUUGUAACUGUUACCAGCGCCCCCGUAUUCAUGUUAUGGCUGUAUGAUUCUGAUCCUCACGUAAUUGUCAACAAAAAACACAUUAUUAGUCCUUCAGGAGUGAAAAUAAAAAUGAAAACAGACCCAUUGGAAGGGUAAAUAAAUGUCCUAGAUUAAAGGGCCAGUCAGCGAUUUUCUAUUAUUUUCUUGACUGCACUGGUCACCGCUCUAACCCGCAGUCUCAGGUAAGCGAGACAGACGUGCAAACCAUGAUGCCAAAAGCCCUGAGUCGUACAGUAGCGUCUGUCGCUAGCACGUCUCUUAAGAUGUCGGGUUAUGUAGUUUACAAACUGCACACACAAGUGUCGUGAGGUGCGGUUCGCACCAUUUUGUUUUCAAUUUAAAGAGCCAGGGCUGCGCUGAAAAAACUGUUAUUUUUUCCCAGCACACAGAACAGACAGCUUGCGGACCGUGAGGGAAUAUAUUCGCUGAACUUUACAAAAAGUUUUAUUUGAUCAAAAUCGCUUGCUGCCCCUUUCAGUGAAAUGGAAAGAAAUCAGUUUUGAUUAAGCCAAACCAGAAAAAAUGUUGAAGGAAAAACCUUAAAAAUCAAACGAAAUGCUGCCCAUGCACCUCAUGGGCACAGUUGGUGUGAACAAAGAGUUGUUGAUUAACAAUGAUAAAGUUCCUGUUAUAUAUCAAACUAAAAAAAGGGGUUGUACAUUGACGCUGAGAAACUAAAUGAAACCAAACAAUAAUUCUGCAUGUCUAGUCUGCGUCCCACUUGAUCCCCACAUUAACAUGACAAUCACUCUCAUUUGCGGAUAAAAAAAACAACAAAAAACAUUAUCACACUAUGUACAUUUUUACACAAAUAUUAGACAAGUAAAAUUAAGAGUUGCUCGGGAUCACACAUGACCAGCUUUAGAGAGGAAUAAGCAAGAUGUAAAGGGGGCAUGAUGGCUCUAAAAGAUGCUAGAUUUUACCAUUAGCCAAUUGUAUACAGUUUAAACAAGUGUGGCUAAUUUAUUUGCCCCAUAUCUCUUCAACACAGCACUCUACACCUCUCAUCACAUUGGCUUCUCAUAAGCCAACAGUGGUUAAACAUGUAUAUGUGAGAUCAGUCACAGAGUAUCACAGAAGGCUUAAGUUAUUAUUCACCGCAUGCCUACAAAGGUGGUAAAUUGUCAAAACUGAGGAUACAGUGAGGAAUCACUUGAGCCUUCAUAGAUUUUCAACCAAUACAAAAUAAUCAAUUAGUGACAAACACUCUGGUAGUUGUUUACUUUUUGUCUGAGUGGGCCUUCAGCUUCCUUUCCCAAAGUUUUUGGUUAUCAGAGAAGCCUUGCUUGCCCUUGUUGAAGGAAUUAGGUCCCGCAGAUGUUGGCGUCUCCCUGGAAAAAUUGGCAGAUUAGUCACUUGAAACUCGAACAGUGACAUGUAACAUGAUUACUAGCAAUGUAGCAUACACUUUACGAAGAAGAAAAAGCUGAGGCUAAGGAAACACUUGGGGGUUCAUUAUGUCUACAUACCUGCCAAUGUUCUUCAUCCUCAUCUUUGCUUCUGGAGGCAUCUCCUCGGGUUCACUCUGCAUGUCAAGACAAAGUUACAGUCAGCCUCGGCAUAUUGGUUGUUUAUGCAUUUGACCAUUGAUUGCCUUUACUGUGUGCAGUCGCACUUACAUCAUCGUCUUCAUUAAAAACAGAUGCCAAUCCUGGCUUUUUUGGAGGGAUUGAUGGUACAGGCUCUUUGGGUUUCUGAAAAACAGGUGUGAGACACAAAAUUUAGGCAAACAGAAUAAAACAAAACAACAAAGCAGCAUCAUGCGUCUUCACG